AUGAAGAUCAGUCUUGCAUUCAUACUUGCCAUAGCCGCCUGCGUCGGCACGAGCCAUGGACUAGGCGGCACCAACAGCGAAGGAUUCGACUAUGUCUGGGGCAUGAAGGUGGCAGCCAGCCAGCUGAUCGCCCGCGAGGUCGUCUACAGAGGCAAGACUCUGUUGGGCACCACAACAAAGACAUACACGCUCACACAGGACCCGACUGCACCAAAAACUAUCCAGUACAUAGCCAUUACAAAUCUGAAACGGUUGCGAGGCGCCACAGCUGAGAUCACGUCCGGCGGUGUCGGCAGCCAAUCUGUCACAAUCAAAUUCACUUCGGCACGUGGCGGCGCCAUCAAGUCUCAGGUGGAAAUUUGGGGUGCAUAAGAAUCGCUUAAAAUAAUAUCACCUAAUGUAUUUAGUAUUUAUUUGUGUCAAUUAAUCAAUUAAUCAAUUCAAUCAAUUCAAUUUAAUUCAAUAACUUGUCAAUGCUUUCCGCUUGAUUAGUGAAUUUAUAUUAAAUAUAUCAUGUUUUUUAACACCUAUUGAAAACUAUGUGAGUAUUACUAUA